AUGUCAUCUAACAUUGGUCUUAUUAGACGUCGAUGUAAACGUACUUGUGAUCGUUAUGUAUUUUUUGAUCAAAAGAUAGCUGUAGAAAAGUUAACCGGUUUAAUUUUAAUCGGUGAAACAAUCGAUAAUAAUAAUAAUGAAUUAAUAAAGCCUGAUGAUUUAUCAAAAAAUUCUUCUUUAUCAUCUCUUCAAAACUUUAAUUGUAAUAUAUGUCAAUUGAAAAUCAAUAAUUGUAUGGAUAUGCGAGAUCAUUUCAAAAGUGAUUGGCAUAUUUAUAAUAUAAAUCGAUAUUUAUGUGAUAAAUGCCCAUUAGAUUAUGAAUUAUUUAAAGCAUUACAAGAAGAGAAAGAAUGUUUUACACAACAUAAUAAUAAUAAUAAUAAUCAUAUUAUAAUGAAUGAUAAUAAUUCAUCAUUAAAGUAUACAACAGUAUCAUUAUUACCUAAUAACAAUAAUCAUGAAAAGAAUGAAUCAUCUAAUAUAGUGACUAAUUCAUCGCUUACUGCAUCAUCACAUAAGCAUAUGUUAUUCUUUCGAAAUAAGAAUUCUGAAAUCAUUGGAAUAAAUCGAUGUGUUUUAUUCACUCGUAAGACAAUGCCUGUGACAAUGGAUGAAUUAUUGGCGUGUGUAUCACGUGUUCGACAGAGUCGAAGAUGGGCUAUUCUUCUCUAUUCUGGUGGCAAAUUCGCUGGUGGUAUUUUCGAUGGGAUGAAUGAAGUUGCCCAUAAAACUUUACAACAUUAUACUGUACGUGCUAAACAAGGUGGUGGACAAUCAUCUUAUGAUUCAUUGUGUGGUGGUCUACGCGGGUCCAAAUCGGCUGGUGCUAAUCUCCGACGUCAUGGAGAAACAGCUAUCCGUAAUGAAAUCAGUGAUCUUUUGCAUAAUAAAUGGCGUACUCUGUUACAAUCUUGUCAACUUAUAUUUCUUUGGUCACCUAAAGUGAAUCGAAGUAUAUUUUUCAAUCCACCUACAUCAUCUUCAUCUAUUCUGGAGUAUAUAAUCAAGAUGUAUCAAAUAAUUAUCUUUCAGUUACUACAGAUUCUCAAGUAUCUUCUAAUUCACUUCCAGAUCCAUUAG